AUGAGUGAAUUUCUGGAGACUCAGAACCUUCUGGUGAACUACCAGAAUAAGAUUCUGCAGUCAGAUAGACACGCUUCCUUGGAGAACACACCAACUGUAAAACAUCCCAUGUAUAAGGAUUCUCAGCUAAGGAGCAGCAGUAAGAGAGGUGAAGCUCCUAGAAGCCCCAGCACCAAUAGUAAGAGAGGUGUACCCACCAGAAGCCCUAUAACCAGAAUUGUCCCCACCCCAUUGAGACGCAAGAACAAGAUCAGAAAGAUGAGUGAUGGCAAGUACCUUCCCGAGGACCCCUUAUACCAACAGUACCGAAACCACGCCUUGGGGCUCAGUGAUAGCAAACCUCAUCUAUCUACUGACCCCAAUGUAGCGCAACAACAGGUCCGGGAUGCCCUUACUAAACCGACCAAUGGGAUUAUUCGUGCACAUCCUGGUAUGUUGGAUGACAUGAAUGUAUUUGGUGCGAGUGGAGAUUCUGAUUAUCAGGACGAGGAUUUAAAGAUCUUCAGAGACGAGGCCUAUUUAAAAGAGAAAGAGAUGACGCGUAAAGUCCUGGAAGAUGUUAACAACAGUUAUGAUGAAUUUAUGAGUAAUAACGAUGACAUUGCCUCUGAACAGGAUUAUUCUGCUAUGCCAAAACCAGAAUAUGAGCCUCCUGUGAUCCCACAGCCUACAAAUGCUAACACAACGAGACCUCUUAGUGCAUAUUAUGAUAGGACUAGUAAUGGGCGACCACAGUAUGUGGGACUUGCCAGCCCUGAAGGGUUCACCAGAGAAAGUGUAGUUAGAACAUCCCCUACCAGAUCUCCCCCUAAACCAUACACUGCCCUUCUGGAUGAAAUUAUUGCCGAAGAAAAACACUGUACCACUCUGAGUAAAAGUCAAGCAAACUCGCAAAGAAUCAGUUCUAGUGGAAUAUCAAAUAGUGGCUAUUCUAUGGGGUCCUUGCACCAACCAAUACUGAGUAGCACUCAGAAGAGUGCUGGUAAUUUAGAACUGUCUUCUGGAGAAUUUAGACCCCUUCCUACAGACACUUCAAGCUCCCAGGGAGUGAGUUUACAAUCUCGAACUGUAGGAGGUGAAUAUCGGUCUCUGGUACCUGACUCCAGUGGCCAAUCUUCCCUACAGAGUCAGUUAUCUCAGCUUUCGUCAGAUCCCUAUAUGAAGCAACCACUCAACUACAACUACACAGCAGAGAUAGACCCAGCUGAAACCAGCUCCCCUGUAUCUAUGAACUACCAUGAUCAUCUGGAACAAGAAGCCUUGAAAGAUAGCCUGGAGAUGCUCAGUCCAACACAGCGCAAGAAACACCAGUUGAUGAUACAGAAAGAGGUGUUGUUGCAAGAACAGAAGAGACUGAGGAAGACAUUAAUGCAACAAGAGGCAGAGUUAAAAGCGAAGCAGCAAAUGCUUCAUAAACAACAGGACAAACAGAGAUCAAGAUUAAACUUCUUUGAGGAGAAAGGUCAUUUCCCAGAAGACUGUGUUAGUGAGACUAGUACACAGGAUACCAUAGAAAGAAGGGACACAAAGGAGAUUCAUGUUGACACUGGUCGGGAAAUAUAUACAAGUAAAGACAAGUUGGAUAGUAUUAGACAUAACGCAAGGAGAGUGGAGUUUAAUAUGGAUGAACAUCAAUCAAGUAGAACUAGGAAUCCUAUGCAUCACCUAGAUCAAUACCCUGUAGACAUAUACCACGAAAAUAAUGUACUUGAGUCAAAGCCUGAAAGUCAUCCCCAGGUCCCAUCCAGUGAACAAGUGUUAUUACAUUCCAUGGACAAUAGACUGAAACAAAAUGGAUUUGAUAAUGAUAUUGAAGAUGACGAUCCAGCAAUACACCAUGGUAUUGAACAUCACACCAGUGCAACUAAACCACAGAGUGUUCAUGACUUGGAACAUGAGAGUAUGAAAAAUAUUUAUAACAGUGCUUUAAAAAAUCUACGCGAUUCUGAAAAGAAGCGUCAGAUGUUGAUAGAAUAUGAGAUGAAGCUUCAAAAAGCUCACCCACCCUCGCCUCCAAUACAGCCAUUGAGAAAUAGACAAGUACACAGAAGUCCGUUGAAUUAUAAUCAGGAAAAUCCAAAUAUGGGCAAUGGAAUCCAAAAUGGUUACCAUAAUGUGGAUAAUAGUGCUGCCAUCUAUAAUGGUGAUAUACAUACAGUGCCACCUAGUGACGAGAAUGUGAAUCAGAGAACGGGUGCGAGGAGACAGCUUCAGUUGAGAGAGGAGGAUAAGUUGACUGAAUCUAUGGAGAACAUACACUUCCUGUCGCAACAUGGAAUUGAUGUUUCAUCUCUCACCAAAUCCAUUGAAAAAAGUCGUAGAAAUACUGCAACAUCGCCAAUAUCCACUCUGCCAGUACCGGACAUGAGACAAUCCCCUGGGGAGCGAUCUGUUGGUACAUCCCCACCUCCACAACUCAUAGCCCCUCCCCAGCCAUCCACAUUGAACAAUGGGCACAUGUCUCCUGCCAUAUAUCUGACUCCACCGGGGAGUGGUUGCAGUACCCCUACCAAACAAGGCAACCUUCCACUCUAUUUGAACAGACAAAAGACAACUCCUACGAGGUACACCCCAUCACAUGAUAGACCAUCGUCCAUUAUGGGCCUUGUUGAUGAGCUAGAGAGCCACAAUUCUUCCAAUGGUAGCAUACACAGUCUUCAACGCAGCCAGACCAACCUUCUAGGGGGCGCAAUUAUAGUAGCUAGUCCAAACACAAGUCAUCGCUAUGACAACUUGAGCCUUAUAGAUGCUGAAGAUCCACUAGUUGAGGCUGAGGAGAGUAAAAUACUCGAAGAAGUAUUUUUCUUAAAAUAAUUCAGAUAUUCAAUGUAGCAAGUGAAAGGAAAAGAAAUAGCAAGGAAAAGCAAGGAAAUAUCUAAAGGUAUUUCAUUGAUUGUCUGUCAUGUCAGGUUUGACUUAAAAAACAGUGAAAUACAUACAAGGACACUGAAUGCAGAAAAAGCAAACAAAAAUGCAUCUGUAUUUAAAAUGGUGAUUAAAUAUUUUAAGGCCGAGUUAAAAGAUUGAACUUCCU